CAGCGUAACUAUUUUUUUUUAAUCAACCGACCAGUCUUUAUUCCAAAUCAAAGAGAAUUACAUUUGGAGAAGAGGGGACAUGAUGCCAAACUCUUCCAUGUUCUUUGUAACUUGAUAAAUCAAGUUUCAGCUAUAAAAGAAAACAAAACUACACAACUAAAUACACGUAUUCAAGGUGGAUCAAAGGAAAUUUCUGCAGCUUUCCUUUGUCGGAUUCGAAACGAUGCCAUUUCCAGCCUAUCCAGUUGCAUCAAACCUCUGAUUUCCUUGGUAAUCCUGAAAAUUUCGUGAUUAUUAGAUUCUCUUUGUGCACAUGACUAAGAGCAGCUAAUUUGUCUGCAACUUUAUUAGCUUCCCUGUAGCAGUGUUUAACGAUCACUCCCUUCUCAUUCACAAUUGCUUUGAUUCUGUCCACACUUUGCAUAAGUCUCCAUGGAACUGUUGUUUCUUCAUUAACCGCAACAACCACAAGGUUUUUUCACCCCAGCCAUUGCAGUAUCUUUAGGACGUUGGUUUCGGCAUGUUGCAUCUGAGUGGCCCUGCAUUUUGCAAUAAAAACAGAAGUCUGGAAUUUGAUCAUACUCUUUCAGCUGGAUGAAGGUCUGAAUCUCUCCAUGACUAUCCAAUAGAGCCACUUCAAUUUCAUUGAGUCUUGGUGUUGUUAGAUCGAUUUCAAUCCUGGCCAUAGCCGUGGUAGGCCUAGUUCGAUCCAAAGUAGCUUUGUCAAGAGCAAUAAGCGUACCAAUUGGGUCAAGAAUUCUUUCUAGAGCUAGUCAGUCAUGAUAGUGCCAUGCAAGAUCAGGUAAAGUGACCCAUAUGGGUGUGAGAGUUGACUCCAUUUCAGCAUUGAAAUUUUGAGUCUAUCUUUUGAUUCGCAUCAACAUACCGCAAAUUGGCAUCGAUUUACCUCCACCAUAGAAUCUCUUAAAAUCGUCUUCAUCUGUGAAAUCUAUGAAAACGUGUCUCCAAUCCUUAGCCCCAAUCUUAACGGUGCCCUUCAUUGGCACUAAGCGUUUGAAUUCAGCCCUAAGUUUGUCAAUUUGGGGUCAAGUUCUGGGAAACUUACUGACCACAGUGAGCCGACAUUUUUCCGCCAGCAAUUCGUCCUCCUCAUUAGUGAACAGAACCCGUGCUCAACCAUUGACGAAUUCAUAUUGUCGUGGUUCCAGUCGAACCAUUCUCCUUGAAUUUGUAGCAGUUUGUCCUCCGGUAGCCGAUGCAUAAGUGGGUUUUGGUGGUAAGUGGUUUAAUGGGAUGUUGGUGGUUAGUAUUGCUUGAUUAACGGUGUUGACCGGAAGGGCCAUUGAAAUAGUCUUAGGUCACCGCCUAAGGUGACGAUGGGGAGCGCGUGUUAGGCGCGUUCUUUUGAGUAGGGUUUUUUUAGGGCCUUCAAAAUUGUUGUGUUCGUCCCAUCUUCAGCGUAACUAUUUACUAUGUGUGUUAGUACAACUUUUUUUGUUCUUUAAUGAGCUAGCAGAUUGUUGCAAUUUUUUAGUACUUCUGCACAAUCUUUUUCUUUAAAGUUUCCCAUAAGAUAUUUUUCCAAAUUUACCCAAGCAAGGAAAUUUGAACCUUAAAGUCCAGAAUCAACAUCGAUCCAGUCUGUCUUUUUAAUGGAGAAGUACUACAGUUACCUUUUUGGGAAUGUAUGGUCAAACCCUAGCUACGGCAAAAUCAUUUAAAACCACAUGGUGUCACAUUUCUUUUCAACUUCAGCGUAGCUAUUUUCCUUUUUUCAACUCAAAUGUUCCAAAUGCUUCCAUAUAUGGAGUGAUAAAUUUACUCCUCUUGACUAUAAAUGCUUCACCUUACAGACUUUACUGAGGUUCAUUUUAAGUAAAGGUAAGUUGCAAUAUUUGUGCAAAGUCCCUUUUACUUUCUCUGCUUCUCCCCUUACACGAAAUAUGCAUCAGCUUUACUCCUCUUUCUUCAUCUUUCUCUCUUACAUCCCAUUUUCGUGAAACUUUUGACAUCAUCUUUUUUAAAACCAUCAAAGCUGAUUCGGGGGCCAAGCGGGUCGACCCGGAAUACCCAUCUCCUUUCUCAUUUCCACUCUUUAAAUCAGAGCAAAAAUGAUGUCUUUUUUACCAUACCAAGAACAAGAAAGCAAAUAGUAUACACUACUGUAAGAAUUGACCCAAUAUUUAAGGUAUUAACUUUAAGAGAGGAAAAAAUAUGGAUGAAGCAUUUAUCCCUGAUGUUCUUCCUGAGUUCUUUUUAUGCUUUCCACAGACGAGAAUUCCUCCAGCCUUUCUCAAAUUCUUCAAUGGAGAGACUCCUGCGCUCUUUGUGCUUGAAGGUCCUGCAGGAAAAUCUUGGCAAGUUGGUGUGGAACAGAUUGAGUCCGAUUUAUUUUUCAAAAGAGGUUGGCCAGACUUUGUGGAGGAGAAUAAUUUAGAGUAUGGAGAUUUUCUAACAUUUUGCUAUGCUGGAAACUCAAAAUUAUAUGUUAAAAUAUAUGAAAAAGAUGGCUGCUUAAAGCAAGACCAAGAAAAUGUGCAUGCUCCUGCUCCCACUGAUCAAGCAGCUAACGAGUCAGGAAACUCUAAUGUCUCAAUCACUUUAUUCGAACUCGUCAUGAAUGAAUAUUGUUUGAAGAGAAAGCGUUUGACUAUACCAGCUGUAUUUGGCAAUAGAUUUAUGAAAAGGGGUGAAGAGAAAAUUGCUACUCUGCGAACUGGUAGUGAUAGCUGGCAGGUUAAAGUUUGCCGUGAUGAUAGAUUUUUACUUCGGAGAGGGAUUGGCAAAUUUAUGUGCGACAACAAUUUGCGUGUAGGAGAUGCUUGCCGCUUUGAACUUAUUGAUGAGGAGAAGUUCAUAAUGGUGGUUCACAUUAGACGAUUUCCAGAUAAAGUAGUCAACUAGUCAUAGAAAUAGUGGCAAAUCCCUUUUGUUACGUUUAGCAAUGUUUCUGCUUUAGAGAAUAUAAUAUACUCCCGCCGUUUCAAUUUAUAUGAACCCAUUUGACUGGGCAUGAUAUUUGAAAGAGGGAAGACUUUUGAAACUUGUGGUUCAAAAUAAGUAUUGAAAAUUUGUGUGGCUGUAAAUCAUUCAUAAAGUGAAUUUGUUUUCAAAUUAGGAAAGAGGUCAUUCAUUUUGGCACGGACUAAAAAGGAAAUAGGUUCAAACAAAUUGAAACAGAUGAAGUAUGUAAUACUAAGCAUUGCACUGUGGAAUAGAAA